AUGACAGUCUAUGUGUUCAGGGAAUUGCCAACAGACACAGAACAAAGCUCUUCUUCACCCCCUGUCAGCUCAUGCUGCUGGUUUUUGCACAGUGCCUCCUCCAUCAUGCUGGCUCGAGCUCUGCUCCAGACUUCGCUGGUUCUCUGGUUGGCUCAGCAAACUCUGCAAGGCGGGGUUAAACCUCAAAGUGUUUCCUGGGGGAGAGUGCUUCCAGCCAGAGGUGUGGGAAUCGGCGGCAUGAAACCUGGAGUUACUGGUGCCCUCGGAGCACUGGGUAGCCGAUAUGGCAACAAAGCAAUGAAGACUGGAAUUGGACGUUAUCCUGCAGCCCAGCUUGGUGUUGGAGGUUACAGAUCUCUUGGAUUAGGAGGAAGAGCAGGUCUGAUGCAAGGUGGAUAUGGAAACCAGGGAGCCUAUGGUGCCAGUCUGGGCCCAGGAAUGGGGCUGGGGGCUGGGCUCACAAACGGACUGGGACUGGGAUUGGGCCAGGGAGGAAAACGUGCUUAUGGUGCUGGCUUGGGAACACUUCCAGGAUAUGGAUCUUUAGGGGGCAUUGGCUAUCUUGGAGCACGACCAGAAAGGCUUGAAGUUUGCUGCUACAAACAUUUGGUUGGACCUGAGAUGGCCAGUCAGGGUCAAGCUGUUCAAGAUCUUAAACGAGAAAAAAUCAGAGGUCUAGACUCGUUUGGAAAGCAGGGCCGAAUGCACGCACCUGAAAUACCUGACAUGAGGAAGGGCAGUACACUCCGCCCCACCACUCCUGAACUACAUGCAGGAGAGGAGGUCAAAAGCUUUGAUUCAACAGUCCAGUCAUCGAGUCUUGGACACACAACACCUACUGAUCAAGGACAAAGUAACCACCCUGCAAUACCCAAAAGAAAGAUGGCCCCAAAUCAUGAAGCCAUUUUGGGAGCUGGAGGUCCGAGAAGACAACUGCCUGUUGAUAAAGACAACAUCCAAAGUCUUGGUUCUCAUUCAUCUCAGAGUACCCGAGACUAUGAUUCAUCCAAACGUGAAAAUCAGCGAGUGGAAAACUGUGGAUCCCCUAUUAAUUUGUCUGAUGUACUAGAAAACAAUCGCUUAGGUUCAGGAAUUCAAAAGGGUCAAAGUUCAGUGGCUCAGCCGCAUGUUGGUGAAGAACUCAGACAUCUUGGUAGCACGACGUCACAAAAAGAAAAAGACGAAACCUCUCGACUACCUUUUUCAGAAGCUGAGGAUGUAAGAAGACGUAUUUACGCGACUCCACUGGAUCAGAGAAUAAGAGAUUAUUUCUCUGCUGUGGCAGACAGGCAGCGCGCCAAAGGACUUUUAGCUGAAAACGCAAAUGGAAUCAGAAUCCGUGGGACUGUUACGGUACAAGAUGGCAGAUAUAGUACUGGAGGAAGGCGCUAUGGAGCAGUGAUCCCAGGUACUAGUGGAACCCUAAGUGUAGGCAGUGCCUCUAAUAGAGCAGAUGGACAGGAAGCUCCAGGCUUUAUUGGAGACGAUCAGAGUGCUAAACAGAAUUCCCAAACUGAACAUGAUGUCAAAAAGCCAAAAGCCCUCCCUAUCCCAGGGCAGACUGGGAGGAAUGCCCAGACUCCAAGUUAUGCUGGUGGAGCAGGGAACUACAUGGGAGCAAGCCUGGGCGCUUUGGGUUAUGGAGCAGGGUUGGGACAGGGAGCGUAUCUGGGUGGAGCAGCUGGAAAACUUGGAGCUGCUGCUGCACUUGGGCAGGGUGGUUAUCCCCAAGGUGUCGCAGGAAAGUCGCCUGGUUAUGGUGAUGGAGCAACUGGAUAUCUUGGUGCUGUGGCAGGGAACGGCUUGGGUUACGGGAAUGGUGACGGCUAUGGAGCUGGGCUUGCUUACCCUGCAGAGUUAGCCGAUGGUGCUGAGAAAAAAGCAGGGAAGAGCGAAGCCCUCAGUCCUGGAGGCUAUGCUGGACAGGUCCAGGGGGGCUAUGGAGCUCUUGGGGCCGGCCUGGAAUCAACUGGUGGCAAAUAUGGAGGAGGAGCUGGUCAGGCUCCUUAUGGUAAUGCCCCAGUGCUUCCUGCUGGACUGGAAGGUGAUGGCGGCUAUCCGUAUGCUGCACAGCAGCUUGGUCUUGGUGCUGAAGUUGCUAAAUCUGCAAAAUAUGGGUUCGGUGCACAGCUAGGGCCAGCUCAAGAUGCUUUGGGAGAGCAGACUGGCAAAUAUGAUCGAGUGAAUGCUGCCCUGGGUAACGGAUACAAAGGCUAAUUCUCACCACAUUGACCUCUUCAAGUGGAUCGUUACCAUAAAGCGUUCAGUCCAAUGAGGUUGCAGAGAUUUUCUGUGUGAUUUACUCUACUUUGUUAUGUUGUCAUGUCUGUAUGUCUUUUGUUUCAUUCUUCUCAUCCACCUUGUCCUUCUCUGUGAACGGACAUCUGUAAACCAGAUGUCUGUCUGCUUGUCUCCCUCCUCUCAAACCUGCAGCACCCACGACUUUGUUCCUGGCAGUGCUAAAAAGGCUUGGUGGUGAUUGAUAAACAUAAAUGGAUGUGAAAUGCAAGAAAUAUGUCCCUUUGUUUUGGAAUAAUGAUUUGUUCUGUUUUAAUCCAAUAAAUUAUAUCACCCAGUGA